AUGGUUCGCUUUGUCCUGUCCCAGUAUGAUUCCCUGGCCCAGGAGAAGGCAGGUCAUGAUGCUCUUACAGCCACCCCUCCGAUUAUUGCAGUGGUCAUGGAUGUAUUUACAGACCGGGACAUCUUCCGCGAUAUUGUUGAUGCAGCAUAUAAGCGCUGGAUCCCAGUCUACAUAAUCCUAGAUGAGGAAGGUGUGAAGCUCUUCCUGGAAAUGUGCAGAUGCCUUGAGCUCAGUGACUUGCAGAUCCGGAAUAUCCGCAUACGUUCUGUGACAGGAGUUGGGUUCUACAUGCCAGCAGGGAAGAUCAGAGGCACGUUGGCAUCCCGAUUCCUCAUGGUGGAUGGUGAAAAGGUGGCCACUGGAUCAUACAGCUUCACAUGGAGUUCAUCCCACAUUGACAGAAACAUCCUGCUAGUCUUGACGGGACAGCACGUGGAGAUGUUUGACAUCGAGUUUCGGGAGCUCUAUGCCAUCUCAGAGGAAGUUAAUUUCUACAAGGAACUGGGUAUUGCUAACCCACUCCUCGGAAUCGGGAAGCCAGGCCUUCAGUCCUCCACCGUGGCUCGGAAGUUCAUUAACCCCAAGUAUGGUUUAGUGGCAGGGGCAACCCGUGGUGAUAUGAUGCUCUGGGCUUCACGACACAGGCAGGAUAAUCAGGGGAACAUGGAAAAGGAGGAAACAAGUGAGUCAAAGAAACGGUUAAAUCAGUUUCUGAAUGACUUAGUCACCUUGGAUCAAGAGUUCCCAGAAAUUGAUCCACCUCUGGAGAACUUGAACAAGCUGAAUCGCAGCCCUCAGAAAGUGUUCUUCCGGCUCCACAUGGACCUGAAAAAUAAAUCCAAAUCCAGAGAGUCUAUUCGUGACGUGAAGAAAGAAGACGCACAGGCCAAUUCAAAGCAAGGAAAACGGUUUGCCAGUGGGCUUUUUGGUCGCAAGGCCAAACGGUCUCCAGGCUCAAGCAUUGAGGCCAAUUCUUUUGCCAGUGAAGGACACUCAGGAGAAGACCUUGGGAACAUGAAACUGGAAUAUGAGAGGCUCAGCAUUGGCCAUGCCAGUGUCCGGAGCACCGGAGGCAUCUCAGGUAACGUGGGUCCAAACUCCACUACGAGUGAUAAAAACAAACAAUCUACCUGUGUGUUAUCUUGA